CAGUCAAAUCGCCAGAAACUGUCGUGGGAGGCGGACGUGUUCAAGUGCCGCUCCAGAAAGCAACUAGACAUUCUCUUGUAAAUGCCAAACUAAUAUGUUUUAAAUUGAUUAAUUCACAAUUAAUAGAAUUUAAUUCGUGCGCGGCGUUGAGGAAUAACGGUUCUUCCCGCAGCCAACUUAACUCGGUGUGUGUUUACUUUACACAAGUGCAAGAGUGUAUGGGUGUGCGCGAAACGGAAAUAAGAAAUAAACAAGAGCGACAGCAAUAACAAGAGCAAAAACAACGCAACAAGAAGUGUAAGCAAAAGUGAAAAGGAAGACGAAAGAGGAAAUACUAAAGUACAACAACAAAUAAACGAACAAAACGCCAGAGUGCAAGUGCAUCGCGUGAGUGUCUUACAGUGUGCGUGUGCGUUUGUGUGCUUGCGUUUAUUUUAGUGUGUGUUGGUGAGACAGCGGCGGAAGUAGAAACGUUUGACUUGUUCUUCUGCUUUGCCUUCUUUAUUUGCUCCGCUUUGCGGCUGGAAUUCGUCGCAGAACGAAACGAAAAUAAAAACAAAAACAGAGAGCCAGGAUUAGCCCCAAAAGCACACAACCACCGCCCACUCAUCGGCCCCCCACGAAAAAGGCAAAAGAAACAACAAUAAUAACAAUGGCAACUUGGCGCGACGCCCUCUUCGUCAUCAGCAGAUAACAACAAGAAAAACAUCGAAUUAACAAAAACAACAGAGCGAAGCAAAAAGCUAAAGCAUUCUGGGAUCUGGACAUAUCCGCUUCCGCGUUUGCUUCUGUCGCUAAAAAAGCUCAAGAAUCGAAUCCGAAGCCCAACGUAAACAGACAAAAUCACUCGCAGUUCGUCACCACGGUGCACAGUGGAGCAAACAGAUAAUACAAUUUAAAGGCACCAUUAGUGGCUCCCACUGAUACGGAUCCGCUGACCAGGAUACUUCCUUACACACUGUGGCUGCAUGUCCAAAAUGAAAAUGCUCCCAGUACAGUUAUCAUUGAACUCGCUGAAUCCAGGCAUCUGGAAUGAUGUGCUCUGGCGCUGCCCUCCCGCGCCCUCCAGCCAAUUGGCGGAGCUUAAGACACAACUGCCCCCUUCCCUGCCCUCUGAUCCGCGUCUCUGGAGCCGCGAGGAUGUGCUCGUCUUCCUACGGUUCUGUGUCCGCGAAUUCGAUCUCCCUAAGCUCGACUUUGAUCUCUUCCAAAUGAACGGCAAGGCGCUGUGUUUGCUGACACGAGCGGACUUCGGACACAGAUGUCCGGGGGCAGGAGAUGUGCUUCACAAUGUGCUGCAGAUGUUGAUCAUAGAGUCCCACAUGAUGCAGUGGCAUCUGCCCAACAGUCCAGUAACGCCCACCAGUCGUUAUCCCCUGUCGCCGCACAGUCAUCCGCCGACACCUACGUGGCCACCAUUAAAUGCACCGCCGGAAAACAGUCCCUUCCAUAGUUCGGCUCACGGAUUGGCGGGACAUCAUUUCAUGGCACCGAACUCUGUGACGCUGAGUCCUCCGCCCUCAGUGGAUUCCCAAGCGAGUAGUCCACCCCAGGCACCGUACCAAAACGGAGCAGUCUCUGGAGGAGCAGCAACAGUAUCAGGACCAACAACCAAUGCUGGUGGCGCCACUAACAACAGCAAUCCCACGUCGUCCAGUGCCAGCAGCACCGGAAGUAAUGGCACCCAGCCGAACAUUAUGCCCAUGAAGGGCAUUAGCAGUGCCAGCAGCAAUCACUCCGAUUCUGAGGAGGAAUACUCUGAGACUAGCGGUGGAGUGGGCAAGUUGCAAACAGCACCGCUGUCCUACAGCACGGCCAGUCCGCCGGGAACACCCAUACUGAAAGACAUCAAGCCCAAUUGGACGCAACAGCUUACGAAUAGUUUUGUAAACUCGUGGUCCCAACAGCAACAACAGCAACAGCAGCAACAGGCUGCUGCAGUGGCCGCAGCCGCAGCUCAAGCACAACAGCAGCAACAGUUGCAGCAGCAGCAGCAACAACAAAUGCCCCAGAAGUUGACUCUAGAUAAUACUGCUGGCCCAGUGGUGACCCCUGCCGGUGGAUCCAUCUCCGCACCGACCACACCCAGUUAUAUGUAUAAAGCCAAGAGGGAGUUCUUCCCCGAAAAUUCAGAGCCCAAUACGAAUGGCCGCCUGUUGUGGGACUUUUUGCAACAGCUGCUAAACGAUCGCAACCAGAAGUACAGCGAUCUGAUAGCAUGGAAGUGCCGCGAUACGGGUGUCUUCAAGAUCGUCGACCCCGCCGGUCUGGCCAAGUUAUGGGGCAUCCAGAAGAAUCAUCUGUCCAUGAACUACGACAAGAUGUCGCGUGCCCUGCGUUAUUAUUACAGGGUUAACAUACUCCGCAAAGUACAAGGCGAGCGACAUUGCUAUCAGUUUCUACGCAAUCCCACGGAACUGAAGAACAUCAAGAAUAUUUCGCUUCUGCGGCAAUCGACGCCGGCGAAUGGAAAUGGUAACGGUUCAUCGAUGCCGCAAGGCAGUAAUCAGGCUCCUGGAAGUCCUGCUGGCCAAAAUUGGAAUCCGCAACAGCAGCAGCAGUCCCAGCAGCAGCAACAGCAAUCGCCCCAGCGUCCCGCCUCACGGAAUGGACCGAUGAGCCUGCCCGCCGUGGCAGCUGUGGCAGCAGCAGCUGCUGCAGCCUAUGGACCACCGCCCACAUCGCCGCUCUUCAUGCACGCUAUUAAUGGAGCUUUUCACUACCUUUCGGCGGCGGCAGCUGGUCCGCCACCCAAUUCCCCUGCCCUGAACACCCCAUCCGCUGUUGGAGGACCCGAUAAGUUUCAGUUCCAUCCCCUGAAAUUGGAGAAUAGCUCGGGAUCAGGUUCGGAAAGCGCUGGCGAGGAUCUGAAGCCCACGGAUCUGAGUGUCAGUAGCAAGAGCAACGCCACCAGCAACGAGGACUGCUAUCCACUCAUUCGUAACGCUGACGGGCUGACGACCAUUAAGUUGAUACGCUAUAACGAUCAUCAGGGAGCCGCUUCGCCAGCUGAGCAAUCUCCGAAGUCGGAUGACCAGCAGCCCGCCGCCUCCACUGCCAGCAGCUCGCCCAGACCCAUGGAUCAGGUCAGUGAGCAGGCACAACCCGUGCCCAUGGAUAGCGAUUGUAAUGGCGGAGAGUCGGAGGAUUCGUUCAGGCAUAUGCGGCAGUAGGAAGAGCAAUAACCUGUAACAAUCACCGUACUACUUUCAUCUUCAACUCCCUCCUGAGCACACACACACACACAACAUUACCUGACCUAAAUAAUAUGGGACCAGCACAACAUGCGCACACACACAAACAUAUAAACAGACACCCUGCUGGACAUAGAUCUGGAUGCCUUUCGGUUAGGAUGGGUCGUAGGAUAGGCAAACCAUAUGGAAAACUAAUCUUUGAAGAAUUUGAAGAAACUAUAUAAAACAAGCUCUUAGUUCUUUCUUACAUACAAAUUGAUAUUCAAUAUAAAAUUUCUAAAUCUGAAUUCCUCAUGUCCUUCAAAGAAUAGAUUUCGCUGUUCUGAUACGACCUGCCCGACUUUCUGUAUAUAGAAAUCAUAUCUGCAUAAACACACAUACAUAACAUACAUAUAUUUUAUACAUCAAGCGUAUUUAUUAAGCUAAGCUAAGCAAAUGCAGAGUGCAUGUAAUUUCAUUGUUGUAAGUAGAUUUCUUGAGCCGGCGCAGCGCAGCCUUCGAUUUAUGUGCCAAUUUCUACAUUUAUCAAAAACAAAACAAAACAAAAAAACAAAGAACGCCUAACCAUAAUCAAUCAUAUAUAAGUAAUGAGUAGUGAUUAAGGAGAGAACAUUAGGCAGUAGCUUAGACCUUAAGUGUUGCCACCUUUGAGCUUUACAAAUGUUGCCUCAACAAUGGUUUCAAAUUUAUGAAAACAAAAAAAAAGUAAAAACCAACAAACAUUGUUAAAAUAGAAAGAAAGUGAAGGAAAUAUGAAAUUUGAAUUGUUGGCGAAAUUGUUAAUUAAUAUACAAAUCUGCAUAGAAAGAGUUUUUUGUAUACAACAAGACAAAUUGAUUUCUUGUGAUAACAACAGAAUUAUCUUUGAUUCACAUUAUGGCUGAAUUCAUACCGAAAAAAGAGCAAUCCUAACAAACGAAACUGAAACAGUUUUGUGAUCCUUCUUGCAAGGAUGGGAUUGCUCUGUCUUUAAGAUCAGCCUGAAAAGAGAGCUUUCAAAAUUCAAUUUCAAUUGAGCCCCUUAGCCCUAGUUACACUGCAACAAGCAAAAACACAUACAUAUAAAAAAAAACAAGAAAAAUAAAACAUUGGCUUCCAUUUUAAUAUAGCAAUGAUGAUACACACAAGCAUAUAUGUAUACACAUUAGUUUUCUAUUAUCUUUAAUUUUAUUAUAUUAUUUGUACUGUAGCUUAAGCGGCUGCAAUUAAAUGGCAGCCCAGCAGGAGAUGUUGCAGCAAAUGAAGGUGUUCAUUUAAGCAUUAACAAGUUUAGUUUGUAAAACGCUUACGAUCUUACCACCACACACCCACACCCCCACCACCCAAUCACCACCCACUCACCAGCUCUAAAUACAAUGAAACAAUAGAAAAUGUACAUUUGAAGCACUUUAUUAAUUAUAUCAAACAGAAUGAAUCGAGUUAGGGAGAGAUAUCAUCAAUGCACUUUCAUACAUUUAGCCUGUAGUGCAACUGUAAUUAUUAAUUAUUGUGUAGAUUUAUGGUAAUGAUAAUUUUCUAUUUGUUUUUCGUACGCCUUAAGUAUAAACACCGCCAAUAGCUAAUAAUUAGCACUCUAGUGUCGCCACAAUACCUGUUCUUCCAUUGAAAACGUUAUCUUUCGAUCAAUACAUAAUUUAUAUAUGUAUAAAAAAAGGAAACAAAUUUAUAUGCAAUAAAUAAAUUGAAAAGUGAAAUCCAA